GUUGUUCGUUCAUUCAAAGUUCUUGUAGCAUUACUUAUAGAUGUAUCAUGGGCUGAUUUUAAUCCUAGUUCUUAUACAUCAAUAGAAGAUUGUGUUGGCGCAACUGGUGUUUUUGUUAUAUCAAAAAAUGAUCCUGGUUAUAAUGAUGCAAGAGUGGGCGAGCGAGUUAGAUUUCAACAAUAUCCAAGAAUGAUAACUUAUCCGACUAAUACAACUCAAGUUCAACAGUUGGUGCUUUGUUCAACUACAUUUAGUAUAACACCAUCCCCGAGAAAUGGUGGUCAUAGUAAUACUGGAUCUUCUUCAUUAAACGAUUCUCUGGUUAUUGAUAUUAGUAACAUAAAUUCUGUUGAUAUUGAUACUGUAUCUCAAACUGCAAUAGUUGGUGGUGGAAUUAGACUUGGUCCAUUAUAUAUUCAACUUGCUCAAAAGAAUUUUACUUUUAUCUCAGGAAUAUGUCCAACAACUGGUUUAACAGGUGUUAUAGCUUCUGGAGGUUUUGGUUUACAAUCUCGUAAAUAUGGUAUUACUGGUGAUUUAGUACUUGAAGCUCAAAUUGUUACCGCUAAUGGAAGUAUUUUAACUGCAAAUAGUAUUUUAAAUGCCGAUUUAUUUUGGGCUAUAAGAGGUGGUGGUGGUGCUUCUUAUGGAAUUAUUACUCAAUGGAAAUUACAAUUAAUACCUGCUUGGCAAAAUAUUUACGUUUUCACCAUUGAAUACCCUUACGAUCCUAAUCUUUUUGCUUCUAUAUUAAAAGCAUUCACGAACUUUGGUCAUAUUGCUCCUAAUGAACUUUCAACUACCCUUUAUGUAACUAAUACAAAUUUUAAAAUAAUUGGUCAUUAUUUUGGUGAUGAUGAUCAAAUUUAUGAAAAAUUAUUUAAUGCUAGUUUAUUAACUUAUAACGGUUCUCAAAUUGAAGGUUGUGAUCGAGAAUCUAUUGAGGAGAAACUCUUAUUAAAAUGUGAUCAUUUAGGUGCACGUGCUUACUUUUUGGAUCCUAAUAAAACUUGUACAAGAUACGAUCUUCUUAAUAUUGGCACUAGUCCUUACGCAUCAAACAAUCUUGCUUAUAUCAUUCAAAAUAUAACUUAUCCACCUGCUGCAACUGCUUCUGGUGUCGUAACUCAAGGUGUACUUUCGAUAUACCCUCCAGGUCCAUUACAAGCUAGAGAGAAUGUAAAAACCAAAUCUAUGUAUUUUGAUGGUCCUUUAAAUGAUACUGCAAUCAAUGCUAUUAUUGGACUUUUAAAACAAAUGCCUUCAGGAACAUUCGCUGAGUUACUUUCUUAUGGUGGAUUGCUUUCCACACAAUCUUCAAAUCUUACUGCAUUUUUUCAUAGAAAUGUUGCUUAUCAUCUUCUUAUACAAGUUCCUUCUACUUCUGAUUCUACAACGAAUGCAUGGAUCAAUCAAUGGGAUACCAGUGUUAGGCCAUUUUCUAAUGGUCAAAGUUAUCAGGGAUACGAAGAUCCAGAUUUACCAAAUUUUGCUCAACAAUAUUUUGGUAAUAAUCUUCAAAGAUUACAAAACAUAAAAUCAAAAUAUGAUCCUCAACAAUUAUUUAGUAGUCAAUCAACCUUAAAUACAACAAAACAAACUCCAUCUCUUUACGGUACAUGUCCAUUUGUUCAUGAUGAAAUAUUACCUGCAAGACGUAGUUCUGCGAAUAGAAUGUUCAAUAUAAUAAUUUUAGAUAAG